GAUGGAACCGUGUGUGAGAAGCGAGAGCGGCGGCGUCAAGAAGCCGAUGACCUCGCCGCCGAUCGACGCCGUCGGCGUGGACCUCCUCCGGAAGAUACUCCUUCGCCUCCCCAACAUGGCGUCACUCGUCAAUGCCGCCCUCUCCUGCAAGCGCUGGCGGCGCGCGGCCUCCGACCCCGCCAUUCUCCAGCGCUUCCUCCCGCUCCGCCGUCCUCCGCUCGUCGGUUUCAUCCUCACCGACCGCGGCGACAAGCCCGUCCCCCGCCACUGCCCCAACAUCUACUUCGUCCGCACCACCGCCCGUAAGCCCAAUCUGGCAUCCGCCGCCGCCGAUUGCGAUAUCUUCUUCGAAGACCUCCCCGAUAUCGAUUCGGACGAGGACGACGACGACGGCCGCGGUUUCUACUCCGACGAGUGGCGCCUCCGCGGCUGCGACGGCGGCCGCCUUCUCCUCUCCCGCGGCCGCUACGGGCUCGACCUCGCCGUCUACGAUCCCAUCUCGCGGACUGCCAUCUUCUUCCGCCCGCCCCAAGCCUUCCGCUGCUCGUUCCACAUGGUCAGGUACGCCAUUGUCGUCGACGACGCCGACGCCUCGUUCCGGGUCAUCGGCAUCUGUGACGACACAUCCGCCGCCAUGUUCUCCUCCCGCACCAACAAAUGGACCCUGUUCGACUUCGACGCGGAGGCGGAUUUGUGUUACCGCUUCACCGACCGCGACGGCAUGUCCGCCGGCCGGUUCGUGUACUGGCGGUCGAACACCAAGAACAACAAGAACGUGGAGAGGAUCUUGCUGCUCGAUGUGGGCACCAUGAAUUGGACAGUCAUCGUGGCGCCGUUUCAGGUAGGGGAGUCGUACUGCGUCGCUGACAUGGCGGAGCACGGUGGGCUCUGCCUCGUGUCCAGCCAGGAGCAAAACCUUCAGCUCUGGGUCCGCAGCAGCGGCAGCGGCACCAUCAAUGGUGGAUGGCUGCUUAAGAAGGAGAUCUCAUUGUUGCAUCAGUUUGGGUACUUGAAGAAGCUGCGGAGUGAGGAGUGGAUGAAGAGGGUGCGUGUGCUGGCAGCAAAGGCUGGCUAUGUCUACAUGGAGUUCUGGUCCAUCAGGAAAUCUAAUUCCUAUCUUCUCGUCCUCAAUCUCAGCACCAUGAAGCUGGAGAUGUUUCGCAACGGUUCGGAUGAACCUUUCAGGGGUCCUGCAUUUCCAUUCUUGUUGCGUUUGGCACCUCUGACGACACCUAGCUGGGAUGAUGCAAAUGAUCUUCAGGUUCCAUCUGGAUGAUGGAAUCAGUUUACUAGCUAAUAUUAUAUUAAGUUUGUUUGCCAGAUUGCAAUUCCUCUGUUUUAGUAGGUAAUACUCUGUUUAAUUUGUUUGAUAGAUUGCAAUUCUUCUAUUUUCUGUUAGAGUAAGUAUAAGCCUAAUCACUAGAUUCUGGACAUUAUUUUUUAAACAAAAGCACUAGAUUCUGGACGAUUUCCUUUUUAGCAGGAGCACUAGAUUGUGGACUGAUGUAUAGGUGGUAGUCGAUUUACAAAGUUAUUUGAUCUUUGUUCUGAACCAAAUACCUCUGUGUUUGGUUGCUGUGAGGAUGGACAAUGGUACAUCCCUUUUAGGGCACUUUUGGGAUUCGUGGAGCUGCAAAUGCUAGAACGGAAUGAGUUAAUGGCUUUGCUGGCAAAUGUUCUGCUUGCAGACGGGGAGGAUAGAAUUCGAUGGGUGUUUGAAAAUUUUGGUGUGAUUUUCUGUCAGAUGUCUAUAAAGUUUCAUGUUUCAUGGCGCAUAGAUGGGUUAUAAACCAAAGGAUGAGAAGACUUUGGAUAUGUAGACUUCCAAUGAAAAUCAAAGUUUUUUAUGGCAGUUAUUCAAUGAUGAACCCCCUACUUCUCAACAACUCUUGAGAGGAGAAUUAUGCAGACAAUAACAAACUGUUGAUUAUAUCUUUUUUUUUCUUUUCUUUUUGCAACUUUUGUAUGUAUUUGCUGCACUGAGUCUAUUUGGUGGUUAAGAAAUAAGAUGUCAAUUGAACAUAAGUUCCCUUCAAAUACUAGUUUGGCGCUUUACAAAUUCAUUUUCUUGUAACAGUCCAGGAGCAUUCUGUUUGAGUGGUGGACAGAGAUAAAGUGGUAGCUGGCUUUUGUUCUGCAGUUGAAAGACUGGAUGCUGUCGUCAGGAAUUUAGUUAGCGAAUGUUCAGUGAUCUUUUGGUUUCAUUCUGUGUUGGAUAGGGUAGUGUUGGCUCAAUGUUGUCUAAGCUUUUGGCUAUGGUUUGAGACCUCUUCGCUGCGCUGUUAAGCUGCUAAGCAACCUUUUAUGUUACCUUAAAACUCUUAUUCAGCUUUCAAUAGAAGCUGGGGUAAUAUCACUUUAUCCAAAAAAAAAAAAGAGAAGGGCUUAACAUUCUUAGCUGUGACCAUUUCUCUUUGAUGAUUGGGCAACACUACUUUGGCAGCUCGCUUCAUCUUCUCUCCGGGAAUAUCUAUAGUUAUCAGUCACUACAGCAAUUGAUUGACGUUAUUUAUUUUGAAAGGAAACAGUUUUUUUUUUUUGCUAGCUCCUGCAGAGAACAUUAUUGUCCCCUUUUUUUUCAUCUCUGUUAGAGCAGGUACAAUAAACUGACUCAGCAGGCUACAAAACUGUGCCACAUCAUCCUAUUCCUACGUGGAGGGAAGAGAAGUGAAGAGAGAGAGAAGAGAACGACCGACUAAUUUGUAGCCCGGCGAUAGCGAUUUUUUUACUCCGCAUCGCUCGCCUGCAGCCGCACUCAGCGAUUAAAAAAACACAAUGCGGGUCCCACACAACCACAGGGGAUCACGCUUUCCAUCCGUAUCGCCCUCCCCGUCCGCAUCGCCCUCCUCUCCAGAUCCCCUUCCUCUCUCUCGAUCGCCGCCGCCUCCUCGAUUCUCAGCGCGCGACGCAAUCUAUCCCCCCGGCUCCCGCGCUUCUCCCCUCCCUCCCGCGCGGUUCCCGCGCUUCUCCUCUCCCUCUCCCGCUCGCGAAAUUGCCUACCUAUAUGACAGAGAAAUCCAGUUGCUCCAAAAUUCCCCAUCGCCAUAUUCCGCCGCUUCCGAUCUCCCUCUUCCGCCGGCCACCGAAUCGACAGCCACCUCGACCACAGACCCGCUCCUCUUCCACCUUGUAUAAUCUCUCCCGCCCCCGCAAGAAAUUCCUGCCUAAAACCCUAGUUCCCCACCACCAACACCAUGUCUCGUCGGAGGAAGAGGGAGGUAGCGCCGCCUCCUCAGGCCGUCGUGAGCUCUACUGCUCCAUUCGCUGUUCCUACGUCGCAGGCAGCGCCAUAUCCAUAUGGGGGUCUCGGGUUCCCGCCGCCACCGACAGCUUGGCUUGCUUCUCCACAGCCACAAGCCAUGCCUGGCUCUUCUGCUUUCCAUCCUCCUGCGGCCGGCAAGACUGAUGUGCAUCCUGAUCUUGAAGAAUGGUAUGUCUGUCAAUUGGCUUUGUUAGUUCUGAAUUUGCCAUGCUGAUUACUCCUUUUAGUGCUAAAUAAAAAAAAAGAGCAUGUACUGAUUUACUUAUUUAAGUGAUGUUUCUUUGAAAAACAAAGUUACAAAGCAUGCACUGAAUUCUAUUUAGGCUAAUAAGAUUUGAUAUCCAUUUGUGACUGAAAUCUGAAACAAUUUGAUUGUGGUUAUUGCACUGAAAUUUUACAGAUAUUGUUUGCAUUUAAAAAUUGUUGACAUAAGUGACCACAAGCUAUAAGUUUCGGUGGGAUCAUAAUAAAAACCUGAAACAAUUUGAUUCGAUUUUCUUGCACCUAAACACAUGCAACCCAUCAUUCCAAAUUUAAGCACACAAUGUUCAGAAUUAUAUUUCUAAUCAGCAUGGCCAGUGGCGAAUUCACCUCCCGUGCAGCUGCCCGGGCUUCACAGCGACGAUCCUUCGCUAAAAUAGAUUAAUUCCCGGGCAGUGUGUAUGCUAGUUAGAGGUAAUAACGGCAAGCAUGUAGGCUGCAACCGACACUUGGGUUAGGCCUCGGCUGCCUAUGGCAUGCAUGCCUCACAAGUACUAGCCUCAAUGCGUCACACGGACAUGUACAGAAGCAUUGAACAACUUGCUAAGUUUUAAUUCUAAUACCAGUUCCUUGAAUGAAUAGACUAACUUAUUGUUGCUAGAGUUUCAGGCAUAAUGUAAUAUUUAGAUGAUAUAUAUGAGAUAAGUCUUAAAAUAACAGAGUUACAUAUAAGAUAAGUCUUAAAAUAUCACAAUGUUAAUUUUUAUGGCUUUAUACAAAAAAAAUGAACAUAUUUAAAUAUUGUAGCAGUUUAUUUGUUAGCUAGCCUUGCCCAGGCAGUUUAUUCAGUUGAACUGGUCCCCAACAAAAUAAAUUGGCUGUCUUUUUAAUAAAAACCCAAUAGAUUAGUGGGCUUCUGCUAUACCUUGUUUGCACCAAUGUAGUAUAGGCUCGUCUGUUAGCCCUUUGUACUGGAUGAGUGCAUGUUUAUUUUAGUAGUGUAUAGAACUCCAUUUACAAACUGAAUGGCCAUUUUCUUGUUAAAAUAUUAUAUUAUUCGGACACAACUUGAACAAGAUUUGCAUGUUCAUGUGUUCUAUACGGGGGGUUGAAUCUCGUCCGCCCGGCGGUUUCGUUAAUUUUAUCAAUACCCCAUCAAACCAUGUCCAUCAUGUGGCCGAAGGGAGUCCAUCACAGCCCAUCAAUGUUGUGAAUGGACAUGUCGCUAGGACUGAUAAGCGCUUGUCAUGGAUGAAGGAUGAAGACUUGAGAUUGAUCAGUGCUUGGCUGAACAACUCAAAUGAUCCUAUAGAAUCGAAUUUCAAGAAGAAUGAUAAAUAUUGGGGCGAUGUAGCUGCAGCUUACAACAGCACUACACCAAAAAACCGAGCUAGACUAGUUAAGCAAGUUAAGGAUCGUUUUGGUAAAAUUAGGAAGAAGGUCGGGAAUUUUUGUUGCUCUUGGAAGGAGGUUAAUUCAUUAUAUGCUAGUGGGGAGUCUAAUGAAGAUCUGAUGAACAAGGCACAGAAAAUAUAUGAGAAUGACUUCAAGGAUGGUCCAUUCUUGUUUAUGCACUGUUGGAAUGAACUAAAAAAACAACCAAAGUGGCAUGCAUAUUUGGAGCAGCUUGACAAGUCAAACAAAAGGAAGGCAGAUUACAAUGAUGUUAUCCCCCUUGAUGAUGAAGAAGAUAUACCACGACCAAUAGGAGCCAAGGCAUCUAAGGCGCAACGUAGUUGCAAAGAAAAGAGCAAGGUCCAAGUUUGUACAACUGAGCUUGAGGAUGACAUCCGUAAGUUUAUGGAUGCGCAUGCAGCAACCAAGGAAGGGCAAAAUGAAGUGUUAGAGACCCAAAUACGGGUUUCUAUUGACAACCAUGCAGCCAAAAAGCUUAGUCGCCAGACAGCUAUGAUUGAAACCUAUCGAGACUUAAUGAACAAAGACACAAGGAAGAUGCCUGACGAUAUGAGAUCUGAGCUUGUUCACAUGCUGAAAUGCAUGAGAGAAGAGAUAUUCAACAAAAAUCAGUGAGGAGAUCUGCUAUUCGUGCUCGUUCAGUCCAUACCCAGCUGAAAAAUGAUUUAAUUGAGCAUAUUUGGAAUCGGUUUGGAAAUAGGCAGUCAACAUAAACAUGGAAGAUGUUCUCUUGUCCAAUUCAUGGUGCUGAACUUCUUACAGCAAAUGAUGGUAGUUCAGGCAAUGGUCAUAUGAUGCAAUGGUUCAAUGAAGAGUCUCUCUUUGAUUAGAUGAAGAAAUCGUUAUCUAUCUGUUAGAUAACAUAUUUAUGUAUUUUGCUUAAUGUCACAUUGUUUGUGACUUUUGGAUUUGUAAACCAUUAAGUAUGUUUUGUUUUAUCCUCUAUUACCUUGUCGGUUAUUUAGACAUGCACUACCCUAUCCUUUUGUUUAGACCUGGGAUGAUCCAUUAAUCUACUUGCUAUGGUAUUUUAUUUAUCUGUUGUUGGUGCCUUGUAUUUUUUUAUACUA